AUGAAGAUCCAGUUCCUGCUGAGUGCCUUCACCAUUGCGCGCACGGCAACGGCAUUUUAUGGCCAAAUGGCUGCUUCCGACUACAUUCUGAAUGAGGGCGGUGUCUCCCAGGACAUUUACUUGACUGAUUACAACACCGGAUCUACCUACAUGGCAAUUCUCUAUGGAGGCUUUAAUGCUUGCACUUCUACCGAGUGCUCCGUUGGGUAA